GUGAGACGUUAUUCAUGUGAGCGACUGUUGUGUGCAUUGAGUGCUGUAUUGUUGUCCAUAUAAUUCACUCAAUCAAUGGUUUAAUAAUUGUUUUGAAAAGUUAUUUAAUUAUCACUGAAACUAAACAUUGGAUUUAAAGCCCAUAUUUUGCAGAUCAUUGUCACAACUCAUCCAUAAUAUCGCAGACAAAAAACAAUAACAAAAUCCCUAAACAUUAGAUCCCAUUAGAAAACGAUACACAAAAUAAGUGGUAAAAGCGGAUCACAUCUGAUCCCAAACCAAAGGUACAGACAAUCUAUUGAUACCAAUCGUAACCAAUCAUGUCUUCGACCGCUGAAGAUGUCAACAAAAUUGGCAAAAAGUUAGAGAAAAUGACGUCAAGAAAGGAUUCUUCGUCGUGUGCGCAGGCGUUGGAUCUGUUGAAGGCUUUGCAGACCAUUAAUAUGACACUCGAAGUGUUGCAGAAGACGCGCAUCGGAAUGAUUGUCAACAAUUUGCGCAAAAGUAUUACCGAUGAGGACGUGGUCUCGCUGUCGAAGACACUGAUCAAGACGUGGAAGAAGUUGUUGGUCGAGAAGGACGCGAAGGCGGCGGCUGAUAAGGAGCCCCAAACGGACGCACAGAAAGCCGGCAAUAAUGGGUCCGAGACUCAGAAGAAUAACUCGUUGAACGACUCGAAGAGUAAGACAAAUACAAAUUCCAACGCAAACACGAAUUCGGCAAAGAGUGCACCGAAUGGCCCGUCGUUUGGUCGGCAGUCGUCAUACCCUCCCGACACCAGUAAUGAGGUUCGACUCAAAUGCCGGGAACUGUUGGCUAACGCUCUGAAAUACGAGGACACAUACGAUUCCGAUGAGACACUCUUCGAUCCCGAAGACAUUGCCUGCAAAAUCGAGAACAACGUCUUCAAAGAGUUCAAAGACACGAAUUUUAAGUAUAAGUCAAGGAUUAGGAGUCGAGUGGCGAACCUCAACGACAAGAAGAAUCCAGAUUUGAAGCUCAAUGUAUUGCGCGGAUCCAUCAAACCCGAGAAGAUCGCUAUCAUGACUGCCGAGGAAAUGGCGAGUAAAGACAUGAAGGAAUUGCGGAACAAGUUCACCAAAGAGGCCAUUAAUGAUCACCAAAUGGCUAUGACUUCGGGCACUAAAACAGAUUUAAUCAAAUGUCCCGCUUGUAAAAAGAGUAACUGUACUUACAAUCAGGUCCAAACCCGAAGCGCCGACGAGCCUAUGACCACAUUCUGCUUCUGUAAUGAAUGCGGCAAACGCUGGAAGUUCUGCUAAAUUCAUUGAUUUUUCCAUUUCCUAAUUAAUUAUUAUUAUUAUUAUUAGUUGAUUAUUAUUAUAAUAAUGAGGUUCAUUAGAAAUUAGUUUUUCAUAUGAAAACAAAACAAAUUAUAAUCAAUUUCCUGUAUUCCUGUUCUAUGUCUCAACAAAUUGUGCUGUUUUUCUAUUAUUAGGUUUAAACUAAUGAAAAUUGAAAUGUUAUUUAUUUCAUUAUCAUUUAAAUUUGUAAUCUUUUUUUGUUGUUGUGUUUAUGUUUUUUUCUAUCGUUGUUUUUCAAUCUAUUGCUCUAAUAUCUAGAAUUACUUGUGAUUAUAUCACACAACAAAAUAACUAACGCAUGAGUUAUUUAUAAUUUUCAAUUCGUUUAUGAAUUUAAUACCUACUGAACAAACAAUCUAUUGGUUUCGUAAUUGAAAUGUACAGUCGAUUCAAAAGAUUCAUUUUUAUAUAAUCAUCAAAAUUAAUGUCACUUAUAUAUUGUC